CUCAUUCCUAAAAGUCUCUCACAUCAUUCUCACGCAUAUUCUAUCUUCUCUGCAAAUCAACAACCAAUUUCCAUGGAGGAUUUCUACUGGAGGAGCCACGUCCCCCCCUUCGGCAGCUGGGAUUGCCACAACGACGAUCUCCCCUUCACUCAGUGCUUCGAAUCUGCGCGCCAAGCCUCUCUCCUCCGCUACAGCUACUCCGAGGACCGCGAUCUCUACGUCGCCGGCGAUUUGUACGACAAUGAAGUCCUCACUCCUGCCGUCAUCGUUGUUCCUCGCCGCCGUGGGAAGGCAGUGUAUCCUAGAGAGAGAGAGGGGAAGAAUCAGAAAGAUGCGUGGGCGGAAUGCGACUGCGAUCUGAGUUCCUCGCCGAGCCCUGCCCCUCGGAGACAAGCUCCGAAAGCUGUUGAUGAAGAUCUGUAUAAGAUCUCUCCUCACCUCCCCCGUCAACAAGCCAAAAAGAAAAAAAGAUGGGGUUUCUUCAGGUGCCUGCGACCCUGCGUUAAUUAAGAGAUUCAUAGGUUUUGGUAAAUACAAGAAUUAUGGGGGAAAGUAGUAUGAAUUUUUAAAUUUAGUGCUAGUUUAUUUUGCUUUUAAAAUCAUUAUCUUAUCCUGAUAGUGAUAAUGAUAUGAUGAUAAUGAUACCCACUCUUAAUCUUGGUGUUAAUUGCUUCUCUUUUUUGUCGCCUUUUUAACGAGUAGAAUAUGUGGUCAUAUUGCUUUAGGCUUAUUUUGAGAAUUUAAACUGCAAGUUAUCAUUGUAAUCAUUCUACACCAUCAUUAUCUUUCUCUCUUUCUUCAA